CGCCGUGAGCGGGUCGGAGCCGCCGCCGCCCCCGGCCGCCCGAGGGACAGCACAGCAUGGCUGCCACUGCUGCUGUCAGCCCCAGCGAGUACCUGCAGCCCGCCAACGCCGCCGGCCAGGACUCCCAGCCCUCUCCCCUGGCCCUGCUGGCAGCCACAUGCAGCAAGAUCGGUCCCCCCGCCGUGGAGGCGGCCGCGGCGCCGCCGGCGCCCCCCCAGCCCACCCCUCGCAAGCUGGUGCCCAUCAAACCCGCCCCGCUGCCCCUGGGCUCUGCCAAGAGCAGCAUCGGCAUCCUGUCCUCCAAGGGGAACCUCUUCCAGAUCCAGGGCUCCCAGGUGGGCACCUCCUACCCCGGGGGGCAGCUGGUGUUCGCCAUCCAGAACGCGGCCGUGCUCAGCAAAGCCUCGCGCUCCUCCUCCUCCUCCUCGUCCUCCUCGUCCUCCUCGUCCUCCUCCAGCAUCCAGUACCAGGCGGUGCCGCAGCUGCAGCCCAGCGGGGCUCAGACCAUCCAGGUGCAGCCUAACCAGAUCCAGAUCAUCCCAGGCACCAGCCAGGCCAUCCUCACGCCCUCCUCCUCCUCCUCCUCCUCCUCGCACAAGCCCGUGCCCAUCAAGCCGGCCCCGGCGCAGAAAGCGGCGGGAGCGGGCGGCGUGGUCAAACUGCCCGGGGGCGCCAACGUCACCCUGAGCCUGCCCCCGGCCCUGGUGAGCCCCGAGGCGGGCGGGCAGCCCCAGCUGCUCACGGACAGCCCUUCCAAAGGCGGCAAAAAGCCGCGGAAAAAGGCCCCGUCCCCCGGGCAGCCCGCGGCCGUGGCCGUGGCCGAGCAGGUGGAGACGGUGCUGAUCGAGACCACGGCCGAGAACAUCAUCCAGGCUGGCAACAACCUGCUGAUCGUGCAGAGCCCGGGCUCGGGGCAGCCUGCAGUGGUGCAGCAGGUGCAGGUGGUGCAGCCCAAGCAGGAGCCGCAGGUGGUGCAGAUCCCGCAGCAGGCGCUGCGCGUGGUGCAGGCGGCCUCGGCCACGCUGCCCACCGUGCCCCAGAAAUCCUCCCAGAACUUCCAGAUCCAGGCGGCCGAGCCCACCCCCACACAGGUUUACUUCAAGACCCCCUCUGGCGAGCUGCAGACCGUGCUGCUGCAGGAGGCCUCGUCCAUCCCGCCGCCGGCGCCGCCGGGCGCGUCCUGCGGCAGCCCCGGUACCGGCAGCGCCCGCAGGCCGGCCCCGCGCAAGGAGCGGCCGCUGCCCAAGAUCGCCCCGGCCGGGGGCAUCCUGAGCCUGAGCGCGGCACAGCUGGCAGCAGCUGCACAGGCCAUGCAGACCAUCAACAUCAACGGCGUGCAGGUGCAGGGCGUGCCCGUCACCAUCACCAACAGCGCAGGCCAGCAGCAGCUGACGGUGCAGAACGUGUCCGGCAACAACGUGACCAUCAGCGGGCUGAGCCCCACGCAGAUCCAGCUGCAGAUGGAGCAGGCGCUGUCCGGGGACAUCCAGCCCGGAGAGAAGAGGAGGAGGAUGGCCUGCACCUGCCCCAACUGCAAGGACGGCGACAAGCGGCCGGGUGAUGGUGGGAAGAAGAAGCACAUCUGCCACAUCCCCGAGUGCGGGCGCACGUUCCGCAAGACGUCGCUGCUGCGGGCGCACGUGCGGCUGCACACGGGCGAGAGGCCCUUCGUGUGCAACUGGGUGUUCUGCGGCAAGCGCUUCACCCGCUCCGACGAGCUGCAGCGGCACGCGCGCACCCACACAGGUGACAAACGCUUCGAGUGCGCGCAGUGCCAGAAACGCUUCAUGCGCUCCGACCACCUGACCAAGCACUACAAAACCCACCUGGUCACCAAGAACCUGUAGGGUGGGGGCACCCCCUGCGCCCCACGCCCGGCCCCACAGCCAGGGGCCACCCACAGCACUCCAGGGAGGCGCCUCGGGGGCGUCCCCGGCCUCCCGACCGCGCUGGGCACCCCGAAACCGGCGCUGGGGGUGCCCCAGGGUCCCCCCUGUGACCCCAGAGAUUUACGGGGUGACCCAGAGCCUCCCCUGUGACCCAGAGCCCUCCUUGUGACCCCACAGGCUCAGGGGUGACCCCACAGGUUUAGGGGGUGACCCAGAGCCUCCCCUGUGGCCCAGAGCCUCCCCUGUGACCCCAAAGGUUUAGGGGAUCACCCAGAGCCUCCCUUGUGACCCCACAGGCUCAGGGGUGACCCCACAGGUUUAGGGGGUGCCCCAGACCCUCCCCUGUGGCCCAGAGCCUCCCCUGUGACCCCAAAGGUUUAGGGGAUCACCCAGAGCUUCCCCUGUGACCCCACAGUCUGAUGGGGUCCCCCAGAGCCCCCCCAGCCCCACGGGGUCCCCCCAGUUUCCCCCAGAGCCCCCCAGGGCGUGGGGCAGGAGCCCCGAGGGGAGGGGCUCCAGAGCACAUUCCUACUUUAUAUUUAAAGUCUAUAAAUAGCUAUAAAUAUCUAUAUCCCCUUUGGAAAAUCCCUGUUUUCUAUCGGAUCGUUGCCUUACACUCCCCUGUCCCCGCCCUGUGGAUCAUGAGUGCUUUUUUAAUCUAUUUAAUCCCCUGCCUUCCUCUCCCAAAACUCCGUUUUUUCUCCCCCUCAUGGCCAAUUCCUCUCUCCCAAUUUUUAUUUCCGAGCAACGUUGGCAAUUCCCCCCUUUUUUUAUUUUGUUUGCAAUUUUGGGACUCCAUCCCUUUUUUUUUCCCUUUUCCUUCCUUUUUUUUUUCUUUUUUCCCCUUUUCCCUUCCUUAUUUUUUAUUUUCACCCCUUUUUCUUUCCUUUUCUCCCCCUUUUUCCUUCCUUAUUUUUUCCCCUUCCUCCUUCCUUAGUUUUUAUUUUUCCCCUUUUUUUCUCCCUUAUUUUUUAUUUUUCCCCCCUUUUCUCUUCCCGUUUUUUUAUUUUCUCCUUUUCCCUCCCUUUUUUUUUCUUUUCCCUCCUUUUUCCUUCCUUAUUUUUUAUUUUCCCUCUCUUUCCUUCCUUUUUUUUUCCAUUUUCUCUUCCUUAUUUUUUUCUUUUUUCCCCCUUUCCGUUCCUUAUUUUUUCUUUUCCCUCCUUUUUCCUUCUCUUUUUUUUAUUUUUCCCCCUUUAUCCUCCCUUGUUUUUUUCUUUUUCCCCCUUUUCCUGUCCUUAUUUUUUAUUAUUUUUUCCCUCCCUUUUUGUUUCCUUUCCCCCUUUCCCGUGUGUGCCCCCCACCCUGUGUACAGUGUACAUUGUAUCAUAGAUUCUAUUGCUUUGGAGCUUUUAAAUUAAACAGAAAUUCCGUUUA